AUGAACUACCUUUUUUGCCACGUCGAUCGCACAACCAAAACACGCCGACGAACUACGAGCAAGAUUGCCAUGGCUCAACCCGGCUCAUUCCAGAACCCCAACAACCGCCAGCGGCCGAUGCAGUUCAACGCGACGCCUGGCUUCGGCGCGGCUCCACAGUUCCCAUCGCAGCCGGCCAUGGGCCAACAGCGCACGCCACAGCGUGGCCCAGCGCACCAGUUCCACCAGAAAUCCGUAGCUUCUCCUGCUCCGAUGCAGGCUUCGACCUCGGACGGAUUUUUCAACCAGCAGGCCGCUUCGGCCUUCACCCAGGAUUAUCACCAACCAGGAAUGAAUGCGGUGCCUCCUGCCCAGCAGCAGUUCCAGUCGACACCCGCAGGCUUCCAACAUCGCCACCCAGCGCACGGCGGCUAUGCGCAAAAUGUUCCGCAGCAGACCCCGCCGAAUAGCAACCCACGGCCGCAUAUGCAGCACCCUCAGCAGGCGCAGCAGGCAGACUUUAUCAAUCAGUUCUCCAGGUCAGUAGAUUUUUAUUUUAUUGACUUGAAAUUUAUGCUUAAUUUUGCUUUUGCUGCUGGCGGUAGCAACCCGAUGGCAGGACUGGCGAUGAAUAGUGCGCAAGAUUUCUUGCAGAAGCAGUCGGAGAUGUAUUUACCUGGCGCAUAUGGUAUUUGGGGCAGCUUGAAGUACUAUUUCACUGUCAACAACUCUUACGUUAAGAGUCGUCUCAAGAUCUUGCUGCUCCCGUUCCGGCACAAGAACUGGCGCCGUAUUGGCAAUGGCGAGCAAGACGAAUCCAAGCCAAUGCAAUACGCUCCUCCUACUCGUGAUAGCAAUGCCCCGGAUCUCUACAUCCCGCUGAUGGGAUUCCUGACCUACAUUUUGCUUGUGGGUUACUCCAAAGGCACUUCGAACCAAUUCAGCCCGGAUGUGAUCACCAAGGAUGCGAGCUACUGUCUUGUGAUGCAGUUGAUCGAGAUCGGCGUUCUGGCUGCCUGUCUUUACGUGCUAAACAGCUCGAUCUCGUUCCUCGACUUGGUAUCUUUUUCCGGCUACAAGUAUAUUCCGUUGGUGAUCAAUGCGGUCGUCUUCCAGCUGCUCGGCUCGAUCGCUUACUACGUGUUCCUCCUGUACACUGGUGUUGCCGUGUCAUAUUUCACACUUAACUGCAUGAAGGGAAGCGUAGCGGAGCCAUCUCCUGAGAACCGCCUCUUCCGGAACUACCUGCUUUUCGGGUGAGGUUCAUGGAUUGCUGGCAAAUAUUGCUGCCCUCAUAUGCUCACUUAUACGUAUGUUUGAAUCUUGCAGCGUGUCAUGCUUGCAGCUCAUCCUCGUGUGCUGGAUCUCUUACACCACCGCUCCUGGCGAAUAAAUGGCAACCGAGGAAGGCACUGCAGCCUAGCUUUCAAGGAGAGUGGAUGCUGCGAUGGAUAGCUACACUAUUAGCCGUGGACUUGGGGAUCUGCAGCCAACGUAUCACGCACGCGAACCCGUCAAUAACUGAAGCCACUUACUAGUAUGGUCUUUGCUGAAUUCUUCUCUUGUCGUUUGUUCACCUUUCGCAUCAGUUGCCCACGAUGUCGAUGACUUCUUGUCUGUGCCACCGUGCCGGGCGGGAUGAAUUUCUUUCACACUGGGCGGUGUUAAAAAAACACCUAGCUACCGGUAUCCCGUAUGCUCUUCACUCCUCCUCCGCGAGCACUGGGAAGACCUGCAGCUUUCCUAUGGUACAAAGCUAGAAAACAAUAUGCAAAACAUGAAGUGACACCUAAUCGAAGGACCGACCC